UAUCAUCCCAAGGUUAAGGAUUACAUAUACAUAGGGGAGUUUCCAAGUUGAAAUGUGACUGGAGGGCCAACCAGGAUUACCUCUUUUACCUUUUAACCUUUUAGUUUCCUUUUAGUCUAGUCUAGUGCAUGUACCUAUCCACGUUCAUUACUGUACGUUGGAACCUGUCAAAAACCUCUUAUUAUCUACUACGCAACAACCGUUUUAAGAACUUCUGGUGCAACUUGCAACUUCGUAAACAAUACAAACCACAACCCCCCAAUGCAAUAGGGUUCAACAUCCCUUCCUCUUCCCCUCUCUCAUUCCUACAACAACAUCCCGCAUGAUUGAGGAGAUGAGAUAUUAAGAUAAUUCUUCAUCUCAUCGUCCCGUUCCGUCGAUGCAUACAAUCCGGCAGAAUUAUCGCCGCGUCGACCUGCACGAGAUAACCCGACUACCCUAGCCUCUCACGAGGAUACAUCAUAGGACCAAUCUCCGGGGGGUACCUAGGUGGCAGGCAGGCUUAUUUUGGCCCUCACACCAAUCUAUCAAUCUUUUGAACCUAUUCCGCCCAUCAGAAGCUCAAUCGACAACCACCAACGUAUUGAAUCCGAUAAUACCUCAUUACCAACAUCCAUCCGUCUUUCCUACUCAAUAUCAUCGUCGGAAACCAAAACAAUCAUCGAUCACGAUUCCCGCCUUUUACCCAUAGCAAUGGGGGCCUGCCAGUCAUGUUGCGGAGGCAAAUCUCGCGAUGGCCUAUAUGAGCCGGUAUUAGCUGAUAGCGAACGCGAAGCCGUUGCCGAUCUACUCCAAUACCUCGAGAACCGCGGCGAGACCGACUUCUUCUCUGGCGAACCUCUUCGAGCCCUCAGCACCCUUGUUUUCUCCGACAACAUCGACCUUCAAAGGAGUGCAAGUCUAACAUUUGCCGAAAUUACAGAGCGAGAUGUUCGCGAGGUUGACCGUGAUACGUUGGAACCUAUUCUCUUCCUCCUUCAAAGCCCCGAUAUCGAAGUGCAAAGAGCAGCUAGCGCAGCGCUCGGAAACCUGGCCGUUAACACCGAGAACAAGGUUUUAAUUGUUCAACUUGGCGGCCUAACUCCCCUUAUACGCCAAAUGCUCUCCCCGAACGUCGAGGUCCAAUGCAACGCUGUAGGAUGUAUUACCAAUUUGGCAACCCAUGAGGAGAACAAGGCCAAGAUUGCGCGCUCGGGAGCUUUAGGUCCACUGACACGAUUGGCUAAGUCAAGGGAUAUGAGGGUUCAACGUAAUGCCACUGGCGCCCUUCUCAAUAUGACACAUUCAGAUGAGAACCGACAACAACUUGUCAACGCCGGCGCCAUCCCCGUACUCGUCCAACUCCUAUCUUCUCCAGAUGUCGAUGUCCAAUAUUAUUGCACGACAGCGCUCAGCAACAUUGCCGUCGACGCUAACAACCGACGGAAACUAGCUGCGUCCGAAACAAAACUUGUUCAGUCGUUGGUCAACUUAAUGGACUCGUCGUCUCCUAAGGUUCAAUGCCAAGCUGCGCUGGCGCUUCGAAACUUAGCCUCGGAUGAGAAAUACCAGCUCGAUAUUGUUCGCGCCCAAGGCCUUAGUCCGCUCCUACGUCUACUUCAAUCCUCUUACCUACCCUUAAUUCUUUCCGCUGUCGCCUGCAUACGGAACAUAUCUAUCCACCCCCUUAACGAGUCUCCGAUUAUCGAAGCCGGUUUCUUAAAGCCUCUAGUCGACCUUCUAGGCUCUACGGAUAACGAAGAAAUUCAGUGUCACGCGAUCUCAACCCUCCGAAAUCUCGCCGCUAGCUCUGAUCGGAACAAGGCCUUAGUUCUAGAAGCUGGUGCGGUGCAAAAAUGCAAGCAACUUGUCUUGGAUGUCCCAGUGACUGUUCAAUCGGAAAUGACGGCUGCCAUCGCGGUUCUUGCCCUAUCCGAUGAUCUCAAAACGCAUCUACUUAAUCUCGGUGUAUUCGAUGUUUUAAUACCUCUGACGCAUUCGCCUAGCAUAGAGGUACAAGGAAAUAGCGCCGCAGCACUCGGCAACCUAUCGUCGAAAGUUGGCGACUACUCCAUUUUCAUCCAGGACUGGACGGAACCGAAUGGUGGUAUUCACGGUUACCUAAGCAGAUUCUUAGCCAGUGGAGAUGCUACCUUCCAACACAUUGCCAUUUGGACUCUCCUCCAGUUAUUGGAAUCCGAAGAUAAGACAUUGAUUUCACAUAUUGGCAAGUCGGACUCCAUCGUGGAGAUGAUUAAGCAAAUCGCAAACCGACAGGUCGAAUCUGAUGGCGAAUUUGACGAAGAUGACGAGGGCGAAGUAAUCAACCUUGCGCAGCGCUGCCUGGAGCUUCUCGGUCAGAGCAUGUCGAAGGCGCAUAUAGAAGGAUGAAGUGAUGAUAAAAGAGUUCCCCGACGGUCGUUACCAAUUUUUCUUCUAAUCCAUUCUGCCUAGCUCCUUUCCUAUGGGCGGCAUUUCACACAGAGACGGUUGGUUCCGGUGUUCGAGGCGUAUUUUAUAUAAGCAGGCAGGCAUCUGUAUUUCGUCCAUGACAAAGGCUGCUUUGAUAUUUUUUUAGGGAAAUGCAUAUCUUCAUUGGGCGGCUCAAGUUGCGGAUGGGUGUAUUGUAGGUAGUAUUCCUUGCCCAGGAAUCUACCCUCGCGAAAGCGGAAACACUCAAUCUCAUUUGUACAGUACGGCGUAUGCCGUUUUCAAAAAAAGAAAAACAACGACCGU